AAGCAAACAACCUUAAAAUCUUGCAUUUUGGAGGUAUUCACUUGCUGCCAUGUUUUGCACUAUUAUCUUUAUGCAGAGUCAAUCUCUCUCAUGAAAACUACCUACCUAACAAGAACACACGCCGAAAUCCAACGCUGAAUCGUCCGAGCUCCCUGAUCAUCGUCUUCAUAUUUGUUCUUCUGCGCUCGGGCAAUCUCACGAGGGGUACUCAACCUACACACCAAUUCUGGGCGACUGGAACGCAUUCAGGUCGCCUCAUUUUGUCGCAAUGUCGUCCUCCACUCCCAAAUACGAUAAGAAGCAGGUUGGUACGUACAGCUACAUUUCAUAUUUGGUACUUCUUGUGUACUAAUGACACGUCUCGCUCAGAUGCCGGAUUUGUAGAGAGAGUCAAUUUCACCGGCGAUUGGACACUAGAGAAAACGCUUGCGACGAUCCACCCCGCACCACCUACCAGCAACUCGAGCUCGCCGAUACCGUUCUUCCACAUGCUAGAGCGAUUAAAGACGACCAAGCGUGAAGGCUGGACGCGUUACGGUAUUGAAAUGGGGGAGACGGUCGCCGACCACAUGUAUCGCAUGUCUCUUAUGACGAUGCUGUGUCCUCCGUCCCUUUCCUCACGAGUCGACCUGGCAAGGUGUAUGAAAAUGAGUCUGAUACACGAUAUGGCCGAGUCGCUGGUUGGUGAUAUCACGCCCGGAGAUGGAGUCGCCAAGCCCGAGAAAAGUCGCCGGGAGGCCGAGACGAUGGACUAUAUCUCGAAUAACCUGCUCGGAAGCGUCUAUGGAGGACUGGCGGGAGCAGAAAUCCGGGCCAUCUGGCAAGAAUACGAAGACUCUGAAACUCUCGAGAGCCACUUUGUGCAUGACAUUGACAAAAUAGAGCUAUUAUGCCAGAUGGUGGAGUAUGAGAAGAGAAUGGACCACACCUUGGAUUUGGAAGACUUUGUUUAUGUCUCUAAGAAAACUGUGCUGCCAGAGACGAAAGAUUGGGUCAAUGAUAUAAUGAAGGAGCGAGAAAGUUUCUGGGCAGCCAAGGGUACUGUUUAGAGAGACCAUGAAGAGCGGCCGAUGGAGACGGCGCCUUUAAAAGGCCCAGUAGCAAGGACCCCUACUACUCUAAGGAUCACUGUAUAUAGCUUCUUCGACAGACAGCGCGCAUGAUGUUUAUGAUUAUGAUUAUUUAGAUAAUACUGAUGACAGUGAAC